CUUGUCCCCGUCUCUCAGGGUUUCUUCAGGCGGAGUCAGCAGAGUAACGCCGCCUACUCGUGUCCUCGCCAGAAAAACUGUCUGAUCGACCGAACGAGCCGCAACCGCUGCCAACACUGCCGUCUGCAGAAAUGUCUGGCGCUGGGCAUGUCCCGGGACGCUGUGAAGUUCGGUCGCAUGUCCAAGAAGCAGCGGGACAGUUUGUACGCGGAGGUGCAGAAGCACCGCCUCCAGCAGCAGCAGCAGCAGCAGGACCAGGGCCCCCCACUCCUGUCCCCCCCCGGCCUCAGCAGCCCGAGCCCGGGCGAGGCCGAGACCCUGUCCCCUCACUUCGGCCUCACGGAGCUCUCAGAGGAGCUGGGGGGCUACGGGACCCACGAGUCACCUGGAGGGGGAUCUGUAUCGUCAAAGGCGGACUCUGGAGGGGGCGGAGACGGUCGGGGGUUGUACCUGGAGGUCCAGCCGUCCCCGGAUCAGUCUGGACUAGAUAUUAACGGCAUCAAACCGGAGCCAACAUGUGACAAUGGAUCUGAUACCGGCUUCUUCGCAUACAGCUCCUUCAGCGACGGAGACGCGUCCCCCACCGUGUCCAGGGCUGAACUCGAUCACCUGGUCCAGACCAUCUCAAAGUCUCACCUGGAGACGUGUCAGUACCUGACGGAGGAGCUGCAGCAGACCAGCUGGCAGAGCUUCCUGCAGGCUGAGGUGGAGGGCUACCAGAGCAAGCCGCGGGAGCUGAUGUGGCAGCUGUGUGCCGUAAAGAUCACCGAGGCCGUCCACUACGUGGUGGAGUUCGCCAAACGCAUCGACGGCUUCAUGGAGCUCUGCCAAAACGACCAGAUCGUUCUGCUGAAAGCCGGCUCUCUGGAGGUCAUCCUGGUCCGGAUGUGUCGGCUGUUCGACUCCCAGAACAACAGCGUCUACUUCGACGGCAAGUUUGCAGGUCCUGACGUCUUCAGAGCGCUCGGUUGUGAUGACUUGAUCACAUCAGUGUUUGACUUCGCUAACAGCAUGUGUUCGCUGCGUCUGUCGGAGGACGAGCUCGCCGUCUUCUCAGCGUUCCUCCUGCUGUCCGCAGACCGCUCGUGGCUGCAGGAGAAGAUGAAGGUAGAGAAGCUGCAGCAGAAGACUCAGCUGGCUCUGCAACACGUCCUGCAGAAGAACCGGAGAGAGGACGGAGCGCUGAACAAUCUCAGAUGUAAGGUGUCAGCGCUGCGCUCCCUGUGCACCCGUCACACGGAGACGCUGGCGGCGUUCCGCGCCGUCUACCCCGACGUCGUGCGGACGCACUUCCCCCCCCUCUAUAAGGAGCUGUUCGGGGCCGACCUGGAGCUGCACAGGGACGACUGAGACCGAGACGGACCCUCAACGCAGACCAGCUGCAGGAUCUGGACGCGCCCAGCCCCGCGUCCACGGCAACGGAGGACGGAUGGUGACUCACAGCGUGGACGCUGAACAGGACGGAGAGAGUCCUCAGUUUGUCUUCCUUCACCUUGCGUGGGCUCAGGUCCCAGAUCUGGUCUGAUGUCCCUGAUCAGGUCUCAUGUCCCGGAUCUGGUCUAAUGUCCCGGAUCAGGUCUCAUGUCCCGGAUCUGGUCUAAUGUCCCGGAUCAGGUCCCAUGUCCCGGAUCAGGUCUCAUGUCCCGGAUCUUUUCUAUCUGGAUUCACCUCUGACACACUGAAACCUCGUGUUGUCCUACUACCCACAAU